CUCGGCACUGGAACAUCCUGAAGCUGGAUUGGAGGCCCAACAUGGCGGCCGCCGCUCCUUCUGAGGACCUGGCGAUGGUGGUGUUGGGAGCGGACCCCCGAAGGGGCGCCCCCGAGCCGCGUUCAGAGGAUUUGGAAACAACCUUGCCGUGCAGCCAGUCUUGCUGCGAUGUGACUUGUGAGGCGGUGGUGACGCUCGAGGCGUCGGGGACCGACACAAGGCCUAGUCCCGAGGGGAGCAGAGAAGAGGCCGCUGUGAGCAGCAUCACAGUCCACGAGGCCUUCCCCGCAGCUCCCAGCACCGAGGAGGAGGAGGAGGAGGAGGAGGAGGAGGACGAGGACGAGGGCAGCCUCAUGCCCGAGCCAGCGGCUCACCCCUUCGUCCCCAUCAGCCCCUACUGCAUCCAGCGUCCUCCGCCCGGCAGCGAGAAGCAGCCGCAGUGGGAAUAUGCGGAGAUGGCCAUGCGCUGCCCGGCAGAGAAAGGCGCCCUCCAGGCGCAGAACCUCCUCUCCCGCGGUUACCUGGCCCGCUUCGAGGAUGCUCCCAGCGGGGACGGAGAGCAGGCCAAGGCGUGCGCAGGGAGGGGCCGUCGCUGGUGCCGCUGCAGCUGCAGCUCGGCCAGCCUCAAGGCCCUGGCCUCCAUGAUCAGCGCCGCCAUCAUCUUCCCCUGCCUGCUGUACGGCGCAUACGUCUUCCUGCCCUUUGAUGUGCCCUGGAUGCCCACCAUGGGCUCCCGCCUGGUGUACACGCUGCGCUGUGGUGUUUUUGCCACCUUUCCCAUCGUCAUAGGGAUGGUUGUGUACGGGGUGUCCCGCCUCUGCUUCUCCUCUCUGCAGCCCUUCGGCCAGCUGCGCAGGGAGGUGGAGAUCCAUCGCCACUACGUCUCCCAGUCGGUCCACCUCUUCAUCCUCUACUUUUUCAACAUCGCCGUCCUUUCCACUUACCUACCGCAGGAAGCCCUCAAGCUCAUCCCGUUGCUGACGGCUCUCUUUGCAAUUUCACGGCUCCUCUACUGGCUGGCCUACGCCAUGGGCCGCUCGUUCCGGGGCUUCGGCUUCGGCUUGACCUUCCUGCCGAUCGUCACCAUGCUGCUCUUCAACCUCUACAGCAUGUUCCUGCUGGAUGCGGAGAGCAUGUUUGCCACCGCGGGCAGCGGGGAGGCCCCCGCGGAGAAGGAGCAGCGGGCGGCGCCCUUCAAGCCGCGAUACUGGGGCUGAAGGGGCAGGCGGGCUGCAGCGUUGCCCCCCCCCUUCCGGAGGAGCCAGACCCGAGGGGAGGCUCCAGAAGGACUCCCGGAUUUCCUCACUU